UUUUGUAGUUUGUAAAGUUGAUUUGGAAAAAUGUAUUCUCAAAAGUGCUAUGGGGAAACUAUGGGGAGCUAAAGCAGCAAAAAAACACAUAAAAUCAAUAUAUCUGAUCAAUAAUGAAACUUCUUGUUUUGAACUGGCAACAUGAGCUAUGGAGUUGCCAGUUGAUUGACAGGUUUGUCAUAGUUUGGUGUUGGUAUAAGCCACACCCCCUCAUAUAAAUAAAGCACAUUGAUUUCCUCAUUUUAAUUUCCUUGUUGGUUCUAGUCUGAUUCAGUACAGCAAUGGUUCAUAUAAUCAUUUCAGCGCUGUUGAUCUGUGGCAUGGGUUUGCUCACAGCUACAGCAUCUCAGACAACCAAUAUGUCAGCUCAACCAGGAGAUAAUGUCACUAUCUGGUGUCAACACACCUUACAAACUGGAAACAACAUGCAAUGGUUCAAGCAAACAAACAAUACUGCACCUCUUAGUAUUGUAUACAUGAUGUUAGCUUACAAACUUGAAGUAGAGCCAACAUAUUUAAAUGGUUUUAAACCAGACCGUCUUGUGAUGUCUCUGAACCGCAAAAACAGCUCUCUAAGUCUUUUAAAUGUGGAUAUUUCUGAUUCUGGUCUGUACUACUGUGGUUGGGGCAGUUGGGUGAUCACAUUUGGUGAUGGAACAAACAUAGACAUUAAAGAGAGGAGCGUUACACCACUGAAAAAUGAAACUUACAAAGUUACAAAUAAAGAUCUUAAGAAGAGUCCAGUUUCUGAAAAGUACUGUCCUGGAAACAUCUUUUAUAAACUGACCUUUAUUUUUGGUGGUAUUGUUGUUAUUCUCAUCAUCAUUCCUCUCACACUGUUCAUUGUUAAGAUCAGAAAAACACAGGAAAAAGAUGCUGAUCAGCAUGUAACACAACAUCAUGAGGAUCCUCAUUCAACAUUGUAUGCAGCUCUACAGUUCUCAAAACAGAAACCCAGAAGAGCAGCCAGACAUGCGGAGGAUACAGAUGUUGUGUAUUCUGCUAUAGUCCAGCAAUAUGGUCCAAUAUUGUAGCCUAAUGUUGUGUUUGCAAGCUAUAUUUUUAUCAAGACUUUAAUAUUUAUAUGCUAAUGCCAUACAUUUAAAGUGUAUGUGGGCUCUACAAUGUUGAAUAUUUUUGAUGCAAUAAAAGUUGUGAAAUCAUGUGAAAGUUCUACGAAGAACUUUAUUUUAGAUCUGUUUAUAUACUUUCUCAAGAAGAUAUAACCAGGCCCUUGCAGAAGAGGCAGGGGUUGUGAAUGAGAUCAUUUCCUAUACAGACCCUGACAGGAAGAAGCUGUUCAGUGCAGAAUGAGACGUGCUGAGGGGAACUUCAGCGGACCAGAUUGCAAAACU